AUGGUUCGCGCCAAGGACAAAUCGUCCGUCGGGCUUGGAAAUGCCUUGAUGAACGAUCGUUUCGGCAAGGGCAAAGGCGCCGACAGGAGGAAAGCUGGCGCCGUCACCAGAACCAACCAUGCAACAGGCGAGCAGUACAUCACCAACGACAGGGAGGAAGCAGCAUGGGUGAAGAUGCGCUCAGUCACAGAGCAAGGCGCUCUAGACGAGUUCCUCUCGACCGCCGAGCUGGCUGGCACCGACUUCACGGCCGAGAAGAUGAACAAUGUCAAAAUUAUCCACACCGAUCAGAAGAAUCCGUAUUUGCUCUCCGCCGCGGAGGAGAGGGCCGUCCUAGGGAAGCACAAGACGCACAAGCAGAGGCUUACAGUGCCGCGGCGGCCAAAAUGGGAUGAAACGACCACACCGGAGCAGCUGGAUGCGAUGGAGAGGGAGGCUUUUCUCAACUGGCGCCGUGGACUGGCUGAACUCGCAGAGAGUCAUGAUUUGCUGAUGACGCCGUUUGAGCGCAACCUGGAGGUGUGGAGGCAACUGUGGAGGGUUAUUGAGCGCUCCGAUCUGGUCGUUCAGAUUGUGGAUGCCAGGAACCCGUUACUGUUCCGGUCCGAGGAUCUCGACCACUAUGUCAAGUCUGUGGACCCCAAGAAGGAAAACUUGCUGCUCAUCAACAAGGCCGACAUGAUGACCCUCAAGCAAAGGCAAGAAUGGGCCAGGUAUCUCAAGGGUGCGAAAAUCGCCUUCAAUUUUUUCUCUGCAAGCUACGCAAAGGAGCUUAACGAGGCGCGAGACUUGGAGAGUGGAUCAGAAGAGGAUGAGGCAGAGGAAUCGACUGCUGCGGAUGGAGGCGCAAAGCUCAACCCCGAUGCUUUAGUGCCGCAAAGUGCAGAAAAGGAGGAGUCUGGGGGUCAGAAGACUGAGGAAAGCUCAUCCGAGGAGGAGGAUUUUGACACGAGGAUCAUCACGGUAGAGGAGCUGGAAUCUAUCUUCUUGAAGCAUGCUCCGGAGAGCUCAGAUCCAAAGCACAAAAUGCAAGUUGGGUUAGUCGGAUAUCCCAAUGUCGGAAAGUCAUCGACUAUCAACGCUCUUAUCGGAGCAAAGAAGGUCUCAGUCUCGUCGACACCGGGAAAGACCAAGCACUUCCAGACCAUUCAUCUGAGCGACAAGGUUGUCCUUUGUGACUGUCCAGGUCUUGUUUUCCCCAACUUUGCCAGUACAAAGGCGGAUCUUGUCUGCAACGGUGUCCUGCCUAUCGACGAAUUAAGAGAGUUCACGGGCCCGGCAGCUCUUGUUGCUAGAAGGAUCCCGAAAGCAUACUUGGAGGCUGUUUAUGGUAUCACCAUAAAAACAAGACCGGCUGAGGAGGGCGGGACGGGAGUUCCAACGGCAGAGGAGCUUCUCGUUGCAUAUGCACGUGCCCGUGGUUUCACAAAGACAGGAAACGCCUCGCCAGACGAAUCAAAGGCAGCAAGACAUAUCUUAAAGGACUAUGUUAAUGGUAAGCUGCUGUACUGCGAACCGCCUCCCACGUUUGAGAGCGACGCCGUGGAUUUCAACAACGAGCUGUACAUUGUCGCCAACUUGCCCGAGAAGAGGAGGCUGGCUGUCACUGCCGCCUUGGAUGCGAUGUCGAUCAGCGCGGGGGAUACUGUCUCACUGGCAGGCACGGACAUCCUUGCUUUGCCGCAAGGGCCCAAGUCACAGAAGCUGGACAAGACGUUCUUUGGAACAGGGAGGAAUGCUGGGCAUCUUAACCGGCCUUUUAACUACAAGUAUACUGAACAGGGAAUGGCCUCGGGGAAGCAACUAAGUGGACGGAAGGCUAGGGAGAUGGCGGCUAUUGAGAACAAUAUUGACCCCAAGGAUGCGAGGUUGAUGUCUGGGAAGAAGCACUUCAAGGGUGGCCAGAAGCCAAAGGCCAACAGGCGUUUGAACAAGGACGAUGAGGAUUAA